UUUUCUUCAACAGGAAAUGACUUUUAUUUCUAAUGUGCACCGACCGGAAGUCCGCAGUGCAAGUCCUCCUCAGAAGGAGCGCGUCUGCUGAUUAAAGUCUCCACUUUCAGCUCUUCACUGACACAAGAGCCGUGAUGGCCAGCGAGCACAGCCGCCCGGAUCAGAUGAACGAGCCUGAGAAGGUGAAGAGCCUGAAACGUUUGUCUUCUUAUGGCACCCUGGGGGACGCCUGCCCGACGUGUCGCGGCACAGGACGCAUUCCAAGAGGCCACCAAGACCAGCUGGUGGCUGUCAUCCCCUGCAACGACAAGAGACUCAAGCCCAGACGAACGAAGUUGUACGUGUGCGUGUCCAUGGCGCUGUGUCUCUUCCUCUGCUGCCUCAUCCUCUUCUUCCUCUUCCCGCGGAGCGUCAGCCUGUCGCCAGUGUCCGUGCUGUCCGUGGUGGUCUACUUCACGCCGGGCGCCGUGCAAAUGGAGGUCACGAAUCUCAUCAACGUGGUCAAUGAGAACUUUGUGCCGGUCCAACUCGUGGAGUUAGACGUCCAAGGUCUGGUGUCCCACGUGGUCAUGGGCAAGACCAAGCUGUCCAACAUGUCCGCCAUCUCCUCCCGCUCGCAGAAAUCGUACACCUACCGACUUGACCUGUCCAUCACCGACCAGGGCCUGAGCACCUUCUGCCAGUCCAGUGAGAUCAACAUCCACACCUUGUUCCUGGAGCUGCAGAUGACCAUGAACAUCUCCUACCUGUCCCACACCGAGCAGCUGUCCGUGGACACCUUCGAGUACAUCGACUGCGGCACCAACUCCACCAGCCCGCACCCGGUCAGGUGAUCUUCUUCCCACCUGCUGGAACUGAUGGAGCUUUUUGCUGCACCUUUGCAACAUGUCCAGGUAGAAACAUGAGGGAAGGCAACACAAGUUGCACUUUAUUGAGGGAAAGAUGCUAAUGCUAAUGCUACAUGUUUACUCACAGAUUCAGUCACUUUGUGCACAUAAAUAUAAUAUAUGUUUCAUAUUUGUCACAUUGUUGUUGUUUUCUACCAGCGCAGACAAAUAUAUGCACUAUAUAAGCAAA